UUCACUUCACUUUCAAUCGCGAUUUGACUAUUAAAGAGACCUUUCUUUCUAACCGGAACCUACUCAGCAACUCUUUUCCGAUUAUGACACUUCAACUACCAGAUAAUUUGUAGAGACAAUGUACGAAAUCACCCCUCUCCCAGUUUAUUUGCUUAUCUACUAAAAAACACACACAAAAUUCAUAUUUAGGACAAACGAAACGACGCAGUUUUAGUGUUACUCUCUCGCAAGCUUACACAAACUCUGUCUUGUGAAAAUGGGUUUAAGCCAAACCGCAGCAGUACUAGUCGCUGUGUUCACAUUUUGUCUCGUCGCUGUAACGGCACAGCUCGCCUACGUUUUGUGGUGGAAACGUCGGUUUCGUCGUCGUAGUAUCGCCGGAUCAGAACUCGACGUUUUCUCCUCCCGCGGAGGUGAUCCCAAUGCUACACCACCGCCGUCCAAAGAGCUUCUUUACUUCUUCCUCUUCUGUCUCGAGAACAAACAGUUCCGAAUAGGUUCCGCCACAGCUCCGCCGCUCCCUCCAGCAGCCGCACCGCCGGUCGAUGACGUGGCGUCGAAGUGGUCAACGGGAGAGAAUCUACUUAGCGGGCCUUCGGAGACUCUCUUCACCAUCGCUGAAGACUGUACGAGCGAGUCCGAUCAUCACCGGACGGGUGAGAUUGAACAACGUGGAAGCAUCUCUACGGAGGAUCAUGCGAAGGAUGAUGAAGUUGAAGAGGAGAUUAUCCUGACGGAUGGAAGCGACGACGAGGUUGACUUUAGCGACUAUAACCACGACGGAACGACGCCGUUUUCUACUCCAUGUGCUUCGCCGCCGUUCUACACGCCGUCGCCUUCUCCUAUUCGUGAUGAUCUCUCGAAGACGCUACGUGAGGAGGGUUUGUACGGCUGAGAUAAGGGUUUGAUCUCUCUCAUUAACUGGACAUUGACCCGGUCAAAGAUACGGCGUCAACAUUUCCAUUAUAUCCGGUUCGUUUGGUUUUUAUGAGUAUUUAACCGUAAUUAACCAAAUCAUAAACCAAACCGAAAUCUUAUUGUAAAUUUGUAAACAUAUGGAAGAGUAGGCUAUCUAUCACACGGACGUGUGGGUUCUUAAACGUUAA